AUGAUUACAGAAGCCAUUUCAUAUAACCCUAUUGAGCCACAAAUCUUGCCAAUAUAUGGUGAUUCUCAAGAUCAAGACAACAUGGUUGAAACAAAUUCAGACACACACACACACUCUUUCCUCAACAACCUGACCAUCCUCAAGGAAAAGGUUCAUCAAGUACAGUCAUUGACUAGCAUCUUCUUGUUAUCCCCACAUCACGGCCAGCCAACGGAGUCGACCCCAGUCGGGAUCCCAACCAUGGUUACCCUCAUUCAAGAAAUUGUAGUCGCUGCAUCAUCUAUGAUGUUCACAUGCCAGCAAAUGGCCAUCGGAACACCCCUCGGUAACGUCAAUAGCGAGGAAUUGCGACCGGAACAACCUAAGUCAACCGAUGGUGCGUUGACUCAAUCGGACCUAAAAGGGCAGGAUUUCUAUUCCAAUGAGACAUUUGAUUGGUAUUGUGCAAACUAUGAGAAUCCUAUUACAUCUGCUAAGAAUAAAGUUUGUAAAGAGGAAUUGCUUUCGACGAAGGAGGAUUAUGAUAUCGUGGAAUUGGAUGCUGCAGAUUUAUUAGCAAAAUAUACACAUUAUUGUCAAGUUUGUGGCAAAGGGUUUAAAAGGGAUGCAAAUUUGAGGAUGCACAUGAGGGCUCAUGGGGACGCAUACAAGUCGAAGGAUGCUUUGUGCAAUCCCAUAAAAAAUAAUGGGAAUUCGAGUCGAGUUGACAAUUUUUUGCCGAGAAAAUAUUCGUGUCCUCAAGAAGGUUGCAGAUGGAACAAGAACCAUGAGAAGUUUCAACCAUUGAAAUCCAUGAUUUGUGUGAAGAAUCACUACAAGAGGAGUCAUUGUCCUAAAAUGUAUGUGUGCAAACGCUGCAACACGAAACAGUUUUCGAUUCUAUCUGAUCUGCGCACACAUGAGAAACAUUGUGGUGACCUUAAAUGGCAAUGCUCAUGUGGUACAACAUUUUCUAGGAAAGAUAAGCUGAUGGGCCAUGUUUCCUUGUUUGUUGGGCACUCUCCCGUAAUAAAUUCGAAAACGACAGGGAAUGACUGA